UUGAGCUACAUUUGGGUCGAAAAUCAUCAACAGUCCAUGAAAGGCUCAACAAGGUAAACCCUAAAAUACCAAUUGUAGCACAGGUUUAUUAUAUGAACCACUUUCAUUCUCCUUAGCGCCGCAUUACCUCAAAAUUCCCAACCAGAAAACAUGCCUUCACACAAGACUUUCAGGAUCAAGAAGAAGUUGGCCAAGAAGAUGAGGCAGAAUAGGCCUAUCCCUUACUGGAUUCGUAUGCGCACUGAUAACACCAUUAGGUACAAUGCUAAGCGUAGGCAUUGGCGCCGCACCAAGCUAGGGUUCUAAGCCCCAUGAGCUUAUGUGUUCAAGCUUUUUUUCAAGUUUAUUUGCAGACAUUUUGACUUGAUGUUUAAUAUAGGGAACUGAUGAGGGUGAUGGGUGUCUGAAUUAAAGAUUUUGAUGAGAUUUUUGGCAAUAUUUCAAGUAUUUCAUAUUCUGUUUUUAAAUUCAUAUGAUCAUUAUCUU